AUGGACGUAAAUUUAAGAGAAUUUUUACAACAGAAUCACAAUAAACUUACAUGGAAACAAAAAAUCAAUAUAACUUUUGAAAUAGUUAGGGCACUUUAUUUUAUUCAUUUUGGGAAUUCAAUUCAUAGAGAUUUGCAUUCUGGAAAUAUAUUGUAUUCACAACUCAAUAUUAAGUGGUAUAUAAGUGAUCUUGGCUUUUGUGGACCUGCUGAUAAAUCAUCAAAAAGCGUAUAUGGAAACCUUCCUUACAUAGCACCAGAAGUUAUUAAUGGAAGAGAAUAUACUUUUAAAUCUGAUAUCUAUAGUAUUGCAAUGCUUAUGUGGGAAAUUUCAUCUGGACAACCACCAUUUAUUAAUCAUGAACACGAUUAUAAUCUUGUAAUGAAUAUUACUAAUGGUAUUAGACCAAAAAUUGUGUUAGGAACUCCUACAGAAUAUAAAAAUUUAAUGGAACAAUGUUGGGAUGCUGAUCCAUCAAAAAGACCAGAUACUGAUACACUUAUGAAAAAAAUAAGAGAAAUGAAUUUAUAUUAUCAAAGUAUGACGGAUCAAACAUUUCAAUCAGAAAUAUAUAGUAAUUUAGAACUAGAUAAAACAAAUAGUAGUACAAAUAACAAAUCAUUCACAAGUAAAAUUCAUCAAUUCGAAAAUCUACCUGAACCAAGGAAUGCAACAGAAGGUAUUCCAUAGUAAACCAUAUGAUUUUAGUAUUCCUACUAAUAUUGAUGAUUUUAAUAACUCAAGCAAUCAGAAUAAUAGUAGAACGUCGAAAAUAAAUAGCUUUUUUAAAGCCAAUAGUAAAAAAUUAUCCAAAAUGUUUAAAAAGUUACAAGUAAAAGAUGAAACAGUGCAACAAACAAAAGGAUCAAAUGUUAAUUUUGAUG